CUGUGAGCAAAAUGGCCAUGAAGGCAGCAGCAGCGUCCACACCUCUCUUGUCAUUCUCAUCCAAAUCCCACCUCUCUCGCCGUUUCCCUCAAUUCGACCGUGGUCGCAGUUUUCCUACUACUAGUUGUUGUUGUUGUGGUGCUCGUCCAAGUCUGAGCAGCUAUGCCACCUACGCUUCCUUACUAAGACCCAAACCCAAAGCCGAAGCCUCCCAGAAUACAAGACGCCCCAUGCUUCCUCCUUACAAUGUCCUCAUCACCGGUUCAACCAAAGGUAUUGGUUUUGCUCUAGCCAAAGAGUUCCUCAGAGCAGGAGAUAACGUCGUGAUUUGCUCAAGAUCAGCUGAACGAGUUGAAUCUACUGUUCGGAGCCUUAGAGAAGAGUUUGGCGAGCAACAUGUGUGGGGUACUAAAUGUGAUGUUAGAGAAGGGAAAGAUGUGAAGGACUUGGUGGCCUUUGCACAAAAGAACCUGAAAUACAUUGAUAUAUGGAUUAAUAAUGCAGGAUCAAAUGCAUAUAGUUAUAAACCCCUGGCAGAGGCCUCAGAUGAAGAUCUUAUUGAAGUUGUCACUACAAAUACACUUGGUUUGAUGAUAUGUUGCCGUGAGGCAAUAAAGAUGAUGUUGGAUCAGCCUCGAGGUGGUCAUGUUUUCAACAUUGAUGGAGCUGGUUCUGAUGGAAGACCCACCCCAAGGUUUGCUGCAUAUGGAGCAACAAAGCGUAGUGUGGUGCAUUUGACAAAAUCAUUACAGGCAGAAUUGCAGAUGCAAGAUGUCAAAGAUGUCAUAGUGCAUAACUUGUCGCCCGGAAUGGUUACAACUGAUCUUCUCAUGUCUGGUGCAACUACGAAGCAGGCAAAGUUUUUCAUCAAUGUUCUGGCAGAACCAGCUGAAGUGGUUGCUGAGUAUCUGGUUCCAAAUAUAAGAUCCAUCCCUACCAAUGGAUCAGUGAAGCCCACAUACAUCCGUUUCCUAACUGGGAUCAAAGCCUACUCCCAGAUAUUCUCAAGAUUUGCUUUUGGUGCACGAAGGAACAGAUAUAUGCUCGAAGAUUGAAUUAGCGUCACAGUGAAAUCUUUUAUCUGAUACAGGAUGGAAAGCACAAACUUUCCAUUUGAUUUUGUAGUGUACAUUACACAUGAUCUGAAUAUGUCAUCUCAUCUAGUAUGAAAUGUUCAUUAUGUCUUGUAUUUA